AUGACUGCGCAAUUUCUCAAUAAUAACCCGAUUCCCUCGGGGCUGAAUGUUAGGAUCUUAUUCAUGAUGUCUUUUGUAUCAGGUGUGGUAAAUGGCAGUCAGGUGGUCGUCCCCCCUAAAGUAAACGCAGUGCUGGGCAAGAACGUCACCCUCGGUUGCACUGUCCAGUUAGAUACGAACCUCAGCUUGACCCAGAGCUCUUGGGACAGGAAGCUGCCCACCGGCUGGGUGACCCUGGCUGUAUAUAACCCCACAUUCGGCAUCUCCAUUCCACCCGAAUACGAGCGGCGCCUUUCCUUCCGCUCACCCUCCCCGCGCGAUGCCACCAUUGUCCUGGAAGACGUGGGUUUCGCUGACGUGGGCAUCUACACCUGCAAAGUGACCACCUUUCCACUGGGUAACAUGCAGGCCUUUACGACCGUCAGUGUGCUAGUGGAACCGAAGGUAUACAUCUCAGCCGGAUCUUCCGCUCUAAUCGAUGGUGGAAAUAAAACCACGGUGGCGACGUGUAUCGCAGAGAGAGGACGGCCUCCCUCUGAGGUCUCAUGGGCGACAGAUCUGUAUGGCACAUCCGACGCCCACAUGCAAGACGAUGCCAACGGCACCACUACGACAAGAGUACACUACACCUGGCACCCCACCCGCCAUGCCCAGGGUCACACUUUAACAUGUGUGGUAAAACACCCUGCCCUCCACAAAGACUUCUGGAUCCCAUACACCAUUAAUGUACAAUUUGCUCCAGACAUCCAGGUGCUGGGCUAUGACUGUGACUGGUAUGUUGGCAGGAAGAACGUACGACUGCAGUGUCAAGCCAAAGCCAACCCACCCGCCCAUCACUUCAGAUGGAUCAGGUUGAAUGGAGAGAUGCCAGAUGGAGCGCAGGUGCUGAAUAACUCUUUGGUGUUUACGAAGCCCCUGCACAAAAACGAUUCUGGGGUUUACAAGUGUGAUGUGGCCAAUGACAUCGGACUCCAGAGUCGAGACAUUCGAAUACGAAUUCAGGAUCCUCCCUCAACCACCACCACCACCACCAUGCCCCCCACCACCCCUGUGCGCCUCCUAACCGCAGACAUCUCUGCCACAGGGCCUGGUCAUAAGCGACGAGCGCUCAUCAACUCAACGACCCUGGCGCCUCUGCCGGAGGGUAGCCUGGGUGCCAUUGUGGGCGCGGCAGUGGGCGGAGCCCUAAUCCUCCUGUUGCUGCUCAUUCUGGCCAGAAUUUAUUACCAGUCUCAGCGUCAGACGUUCAGGGUCUACUGA